AUGGAAAUAAACAAAACAAGAGAUUUUUUAUUUCUUCUCUCCAUCGUCGUUUUAGGUUAAAUAAACCCUCUGUCGAUCGGUGGUACUAAGCCGUGCCGGCGCGAAUUCCGACGCUGUUCGUGGCGGCGACUGAAAGUUUCAGAGACAGUGCGAAGAUGAAGGUUUUUGUAAAGACUCUGAAGGGCACGCACUUCGAAAUUGAAGUGAAGCCCGAUGACACGGUUACCGAAGUGAAGAAAAAUAUAGAAACUGUUCAAGGUGCAAAUGUCUACCCUGCUGCACAGCAAAUGCUUAUUCAUCAAGGCAAGGUUCUUAAGGAUGGUACUACUUUGGAGGAAAACAAAGUAGCUGAAAACAGUUUCAUUGUAAUCAUGCUUUCUAAGAGUAAGAGCACAUCUGGUGAAGGAUCUACUGCAUCAACAGCACCUUCAUCAAAGGCUCCACAGACUAGUGCAACUCCUACUCCUACCCCAUCUGUGUCAGUAGCACCUCAAGCUGUUCCUGCCACUGCUGCACCGCCUGCGCCUUCGCCUUCACCUUCGCCUGCACCUGCUGCACCUGCUGCACCUGCACCUGCACCUGCACCUGCACCUUCACCUGCUGCAGCUCCUACAUCUACAGAUACUGCUGUCAGGGUAGGGUCUGAUAUCUAUGGGCAGGCAGCAUCCAAUCUGGUUGCCGGAAGCAACUUGGAAGGAACAAUUCAGCAAAUUCUUGAUAUGGGGGGUGGGAGCUGGGAUAGGGACACAGUUAUCCGUGCUCUUAGAGCUGCUUAUAACAACCCUGAGAGAGCUGUUGAAUAUUUGUAUACGGGUAUCCCUGAGCAAGCUGAAGCUCCACCUGUGGCCCGAGUGCCUACAAGUGUACAACCUGCAAAUCCACCAGCUGCUGCACCUCAGGCAGCUUCACCUCAAGCAGCACAACCAGCUCCUGUCACAACUAGUGGACCAAAUGCUAAUCCUCUAGACCUAUUUCCCCAGGGUCUCCCCAAUGUUGGUUCUGGUGCUGCUGGCGCCGGCUCUUUAGAAUUUCUGCGCAACAGCCAACAGUUCCAAGCCUUGCGAGCUAUGGUGCAGGCUAACCCACAAAUAUUGCAGCCUAUGCUACAAGAGCUUGGCAAACAAAAUCCUCAUCUUAUGAGAUUGAUUCGAGAUCAUCAAGCUGAUUUCCUUCGACUGAUAAAUGAACCUGUGGAAGGUGGUGAGGGGAAUUUAUUUGGCCAGCUAGCUGCUGGCAUGCCACAAUCAGUAACUGUUACACCUGAAGAGCGCCAAGCAAUUGAACGUCUUGAAGCAAUGGGCUUUGAUCGUGCACUUGUGUUGGAGGUGUAUUUUGCUUGCAACAAGAACGAGGAAUUGGCUGCCAACUACCUCUUAGAUCACAUGCACGAGUUUGACGAACAAUAGAUCUCCUAUCCAGUUGCAAAUGAUCUGUUCUUGUCAUUUUUCUUUUUUCUUUUUCCCCUUUUUCUUUCUUUUAUCUUUUUAACUCGAUGGGUCUGUUAUACUUCUGUUUAACGAGGUAAUGUUUGAUUAUGACAAGCCUUAAGUCGUCAAGGGAUGUUUUUAUGGCCUCAACAUUAUUGCCCUUGUAUCUACAUUUACUCCGCGUAGAGGGGUUUUUUUAUUUUUAAAGUAUUCAUAUACAUAGUCGUUUGUCUUGGAUUA